GAAAAGCCACAACACUCAUCAAAACUUAAAACUAUCCAAAGCUUCAUUAUUUUCUUACCUACAUUGAACUAAACAACCAUGGCUAUCCGUAUGCCUCGUAUAAUCAAGAAGUCUUCUACAGCUAAAGAUGUUCCAAAAGGCCACUGUGCUGUGUAUGUUGGGGAGGAGCAGAAGAAGAGAUUUGUAAUUCCUAUAUCAUUCUUGAGCCACCCUUUAUUUCAAAACUUGCUUAGUCAAGCUGAGGAAGAAUUUGGUUUUGAUCAUCCAAUGGGUGGUCUUACAAUACCUUGCAGAGAGGAUGUCUUCAUUAACGUUACUUCUCGUUUGAGGAACUGAAAUGGAAACUUGCUUUCACAAUUUUAUACUAAAGCAAGAUUCGGACACUGUAAAGUUUAGGAGUAUUUAGAGAAAACAGUAAUUAAUGUUAUUAUGAGGAUUUUGCCUCUGACUAGGUAGAUUAGUGAACUUAUAUUUACAAAGCCUCAUUGUUAAAUUAUGGGAAGAUAAUGAAGUAUUGAACCUUCUUCAAUUGAUGGUUUCAUUCAUUUA